GGCAGGGCCACGUGACCGGUCAGGUGUCCGCCCGGGCUUCCUGCCGCCAGCAUCUCCGCCGCUCGGCCUGCUUCCACACGUGGCGUCGCCGCUGCCCGUCUCCUCGGGCCCCGGACCCCGCCGCCUGCAGCCAUGGCGCCGGGCCAGCUCGCCUUAUUUAGCGUCUCAAACAAAACCGGCCUUGUGGAAUUUGCCAGAAAUUUAACUUAUGUUGGUUUGAAUCUCGUGGCUUCUGGAGGGACUGCAAAAGCACUGAGGGAUGCUGGUCUGGCUGUCAGAGAUGUCUCUGAGCUGACAGGAUUUCCUGAAAUGUUAGGGGGGCGUGUGAAAACCUUGCAUCCUGCAGUCCAUGCUGGAAUCUUGGCUCGUAAUAUACCAGAAGAUAAUGCUGACAUGACCAGGCUUGAUUUCAAUCUUAUAAGCGUUGUUGUUUGCAAUCUGUAUCCAUUUGUGAAGACUGUGGCUUCUCCAGAUGUAACUGUUGAGGAAGCUGUUGAGCAAAUUGAUAUCGGUGGAGUGACCUUACUGAGAGCAGCAGCCAAAAACCACAGUCGAGUGACAGUAGUGUGUGACCCAGAGGACUAUUCCACGGUGUCCACAGAGAUGCAGAGUUCUGAUACUAAAGAUACCUCCUUGGAGACAAGACGCCAGUUAGCCUUGAAGGCUUUCACUCAUACAGCACAAUAUGAUGAAGCAAUUUCGGAUUACUUCAGGAAACAGUAUGGCAAAGGAAUAUCUCAGCUGCCCUUGAGGUAUGGAAUGAACCCUCAUCAAACUCCUGCCCAGUUAUACACCCUGCAGCCCAAGCUUCCCAUCACAGUUCUAAAUGGAGCCCCUGGAUUUAUAAACUUGUGUGAUGCUUUGAAUGCCUGGCAGUUGGUAAAGGAACUGAAGGAAGCUUUAGGUAUUCCAGCUGCUGCCUCUUUCAAACAUGUCAGUCCAGCAGGCGCUGCUGUUGGCAUUCCACUCAGUGAAGAUGAGGCCAAAGUCUGCAUGGUCCACGAUCUCUACAAAACCCUUACGCCCAUAUCAACUGCCUAUGCAAGAGCAAGAGGGGCUGAUAGGAUGUCUUCAUUUGGUGAUUUUGUUGCAUUAUCUGAUGUUUGUGAUGUCCCUACUGCCAAAAUUAUCUCCCGAGAGGUAUCUGAUGGUAUUGUUGCCCCAGGAUAUGAAGAAGAAGCAUUGACAAUCCUUUCUAAAAAGAAAAAUGGGAGCUAUUGUGUUCUCCAGAUGGACCAGUUUUACAAACCAGAUGAAAAUGAAGUUCGAACUCUCUUUGGUCUUCGUUUAAGCCAGAAGAGAAAUAAUGGUGUCAUCGACAGGUCAUUAUUUAGCAAUGCUAUUACUAAGAAUAAAGAUUUGCCGGAGUCUGCUUUCCGAGACCUCAUCGUGGCCACCGUUGCUGUCAAGUACACCCAGUCUAAUUCAGUGUGCUAUGCCAAGAACGGUCAGGUUAUUGGCAUUGGAGCAGGACAGCAGUCUCGGAUACACUGCACACGCCUGGCAGGGGAUAAGGCCAACUAUUGGUGGCUUAGACAUCAUCCACGGGUGCUUUCAAUGAAGUUUAAGGCGGGAGUGAAGAGAGCAGAAAUCUCCAAUGCAAUUGAUCAAUAUGUUACUGGAACCAUUGGCGAGGAUGAAGAUCUGAUAAAGUGGAAGGCACUGUUUGAGGAAGUUCCUGAAUUAUUAACUGAGGCAGAGAAAAAGGAAUGGGUUGGCAAACUUAGUGAAGUUUCUGUCAGCUCUGAUGCCUUUUUUCCUUUCAGGGAUAAUGUAGACAGAGCCAAAAGGAGUGGUGUAGCGUACAUUGCUGCUCCUUCCGGUUCUGCUGCCGACAAAGUUGUGAUUGAGGCUUGCAAUGAGCUGGGAAUAAUCCUUGUUCAUACCAAUCUUCGGCUGUUUCAUCACUGAUUUUGUCAAACAUUAUUCUAAAGUUUGCUUAUGUGUAGGUGAACAAUCGUGAAAUUUGAAAAUGCCUUUAAAAAAAAUAAAACAUUAAGUCUUAA